AUGUUUGGUUCUGUCAGGCUUGUGCAAGAAGUUACAAGGUCAAACCAGCAGACAGCAGCAGCGAAUACAACAACUCCUAAUUUAGCAGAUGAGUCUAUUAUUGUCCAAGAGCCUUCCAAUGUCUCUGAUAUGACAAGGGAAUCAGUGGAAUCAACUCAAAUCAAGCAAGUAGAUAGCACUGAAGCAAAGCAAGAUAUACAACGAAAACAACAAGAGCAGCAGCAGCAGCAGCAGCAGCAGCAACAGCAGCAGCAGGCGUACAUACAUCCACAGCAAUCUGCUUCAUCUGCACAACAACCACAGCAACAACAACAACAACAACAACAACAACAACAACAACAACAACAACAACAAACCCCACCUUGUUGGUCUACUCCUACUCAGCAUAUACCCAUUACCUUCAGUGCAAUCACUUCGCCCAGUGUUUUUUCCUCGUACAAAUCUCGUGAUUUUAGAAAUCUAUUUACUGCCACUAAUACAACUAGCAUCAACUCUAAUCCAUCCGCACCUUCUCCAACUACGGUGAAAUCACAUACAAGAAAGAACUCCAAGUAUACAGUUCGUCAUCAUCGUACCCGCCAGUCGUCAUUCAAUGGCGCUACAAACUCACUGGCUUACUUUAACUCCAAUUCCAUCUUGCGUAAACAAGCGCCCACCCAUCAUCAUCAUCAUCAUCACCAACUACACAACUUCUUACAGUUACAAGAAGAACAGCAAAAGAGCAAAUCACAGAAAUUGCUCUGUCUGUGGCCCUUGCCUACUGUCACUCGCUACAUGAUCUUGAUCGCACUACUCGUAUCUACUCUCAACUGCUUGCAUAUGUUGGACCUGUCUUGUUCUGCACCCUCGUUUGUUGUAUAUCGACUCGAUAUCAAGAACAUGGUAUUCUCUCCAUUUUUAUUCGAUUGGACAUUACCCAGUAUGGCAUUGUUUGGCUGGAACGUGUUGAUAUUAGGCUUGUUUGAGGAAUCGUUAGCGCAUAUGGUGGGUGGCACAAAGAGGUUUAUUCAGCUUUUGUUGGUCUUGUUCACCACAGUCUCCCUUGUGAGAGUUUGCUUGGGCCUUAUCUUUUCAAAGGCUACAGGUUAUGCAUUCCCUUCAUUGUUCUUUAGCAAUACGAUGCAUGAGUGCUCUCAAGGUCUUUCUCCGUUCCUGUUUGCUCUUCUUGUAGUGCAAUCGCUCAGCAUUGAUGACAAAUACAUUUUAAUCUAUGGACAAGAAGAUUCCAAUCACAAGCUCACUGUGCGUAAAGUGACACUCCAGCUUUUCAUGUGUCUCGUCAACUACACCAACAGCAAUAUUCUUUGGUGGUCCAUUUCCGGCCUGAUCAUGGGAUUUCUCAGCACCAUCACAUUGCAAGGACUCUUGGCUUACGAGAAACGAGAGGAUUCAGCAAUGGUAAAGGAUGUCAGUGAAUUCAUUACAUUGGAGCAAUACCGCCGCACUCCACUUUGGCGCUUGAUCUGGUCUUCUGUCAAAAAGUGCAUCGUAGUGAUUGGAUUGACAUUGCCUGUAUUGAUGGUGUGGAACUCGUAUUACACGCAUGAGUCGAUGGUGACUCCAACGGAACUCAACACCAUGUCACAAGACAGGUAUCUGUUCACGUUUGUAUUCAUGACAGCUCCCCGUCGUGGCGAUCCAGCUUAUUUGACCAGAACGAUCGAGUCUUACUUGGAAAACUGGCCCGAAUAUCCAGCACCCAGCUCACCUUAUCACCGCAUGCAAGCCAUCAUCUACACACAUUUCUCAAAUCAUUCUCAAUACGAUCUCGCCAAAGAGCAUUUUUCCAACACAACAAAGGGUCAACGCUACUUGAAGUGGGUUCGUGAGGAUGGAAAUGACUGGAAUCAGCGUUUGCAUGUAUCAAAGGCGUUGGAUUUUGUCACCGAGACCUAUCAGAGCACGUAUUACGCCUUGAUGGAGGAUGAUUUCCCAGUCUGUGGAGCACACGAAUGGCACGCUAUUGAGAAUGUCAUUUAUAAGGCAGAAAAGAGUGUGCCAAAUCACUGCGGUGUAUUUGUUGGCACGGGUGGCAGCGGCCUCUUUUUGAAGCCUGAUUUAGCUCGAUUGGCAUCUCAACUAUUACUUUCUUAUGUGGACAUGCCACCAGAUAUCAUCAUUCAAAAAUGUUUAAUGGGCGAUUUACCGGAAUGCUCCAGUUGCAGCAACUCAUUGGUCACCAGCAAAACCUUGCUGAUGUAUCAUAUUGGCUACAACACAUCUACCAGCGCUGAUAGAGUGUAUAGAAAAGAUGAAUUUCAAUGUGGCUGGAGACAUCCAUUUAAUGGCAAUCCCAGCGUUGUUACAUUGUAA